AUGCCUCGUCAAGCCAUCACGAACCAGCAAAAGAUCGCUCUCAGAGAGCAGCACCGCAAGCACCCUUCGGCUACCCAAAGCCAGCUUGCUCACUGGUUUAAUCAGACCUAUAACCAUCGUCCUACCCAAUCUACCUUAUCUGCUAUCCUCUCCCCUAAAUAUCAACAUCUCGAUACCAAUCCGACCGAGCAUACGAUAAAAGCGAAGCGGUGCCGCACUGCUAAGUGGCCAGACCUUGAAGCCGCACUUAUACAUUGGAUUAUUCUCGCGCAAGAGAAGAUCACAAUAACACAAGACGUUAUUCGGGAGAAAGCUCGGUUUUUCUGGACCCAAAUUCCAACAUACGAAGGUCAAUCGAUGCCUACAUUCAGUAAUGGUUGGCUAGAAGCCUUCCAAAGCCGGGAAUCAAUUCGAAAUCGCCUAUAUGCUGGUGAAGAUAGAAGCACACCAGAGUCCGCAAAUGAAUCUAUGAUUCCUAUCCGGCAAGCACUUGAAGUAUACCACCCAAGGGAUAUCUUUAAUUGUGAUGAAACUGGACUUUAUUGGAGACGAAUCCCUGAUCGAAGCCUUGCUACCAAGAAUCUACCGGGUAAAAAGCAACAAAAAUCAAGAAUUACAGCACUAUUCUGCUGUAACUCCGAUGGUUCUGAGAAAUUGACCCCUUGGUUUAUUGGAACAGCUCGAAAGCCCCGUGCUUUUACUGCUGCUCAUAUCGAUAUCAAUAAUUUCAAUCUUCAAUGGAGAUCUAAUACAAAAGCAUGGAUGGUUAGCAAGAUCUUUGAAGAGUGGCUUCGAUGGUUUGAUAACCAGAUGGUUCAUCGGAAGGUAGUGCUUCUUAUGGAUAAUUUUUCUGCACAUGAAUCCGCAGUAAAGACUAUCAAUAGUAGUUCUUUACCACUUCAAAACACCCUGAUCAUUUGGCUACCAGCUAAUUCAACAAGCCGGUUUCAACCAUUAGAUCAGGGUAUUAUUAGAACCUGGAAAGCCUACUGGAAACGCCAGUGGGUAAGGUUUAUGGUAUCUGAAUUUGAUGCAGGCCGUGAUCCAAUACAAUCUAUGGAUGUGCUUCAUGCAUUAAGAUGGGGGAUUCAGGCAUGGGAAUUUGAUAUUUCCGCUCAAACUAUCACCAAUUGCUUUAAUAAAGCAUUGAUCGAUAAAGGCGAAGACUAUCAAAUACAGCAGCAACUGAUUGAUGAACUCAAUGCUGGUUUAACUACGCUGAGGCCUUUAUUACUAGAUCCAAUAAGUAUCGAGAACUUCCUUGAUCCUCUGGAUGAGGUAAUUCAAGAUGGUAUUGAGACUAUAGAUAAUAUUGUGCUAAGCCAGUUUCCCAGAGAGGUUGAUGAUGAUGAUGAUGAUGAUGAUGAUGCAGAAACCAUACCUGAAACCCCCCCUAGUUCCGAUAAAUGA